AUGGACAGAGACCGCAACCAGCACACUGUCAGCACGGACAGAGACUGCAACCAGCGCACUGUCAGCACUGACAGAAACUGCAACCAGCGCACUGUCAGCACGGACAGAGACUGCAACCAGGACACCGUCAGCACGGAGAGAGACUUCAACCAGGACACUGUCAGCACGGACAGAAACAGCAGCCAGCACACUGUCAGCACGGACAGAGACCGCAACCAGCAAACUGUCAGCACUGACAGAGACCACAACCAACACACUGUCAGCACGGACAGAGACUGCAACCAGCACACUGUCAGCACGGACAGAGACUGCAACCAGCACACUGUCAGCACGGACAGAAACUGCAACCAGCACACUGUCAGCACUGACAGAGACUCCAACCAGCACACUGUCAGCACUGACAGAGACUAA